AUGCACAUCCUCUCGCUGGCAAGCGUUCUGCCUCACGCUGAAGACAUAAAGAUAAAUGCUUCACCCUUUUUUCACGUGUACCUUUCAGGAUGGGUAUGCGAGCACAUCAUGGUGCGACAAAAAAGUGAGAUCAUCUCAGCAGGGCGUACCCUACCCACACAUUGGAUUUCCAUAUCUCAAGCCUGCUGCCAGAUCUGUAAUGUGGCCAGCUACCAAGCAGCCAUUAUUUCGACUUUUGUAAUGACGAACGACUCCGUGUACCAGAUACUUUAUUCGACCUGGCUCACACCAGAUGUCUCCGACGCGGAGAUCUCGAUAGACGGUUACUUUAUUUUUCGAGCUGACUCAAAACGAGGGAGGGCUGGUGAACGACAGCCACUGACCGACAAGAACAAAACCGACCCGGGAAACUUGGGCAAAAGCCUCGAUCCUGUGUAUCAAUCCGUGAAUCCGUGUAUGCCGAUUUCUCUGAAGAACGACGAUAGCUUUUCGAACCUAUUUUUAUGGCGGAUGCAUCCAGAUGCCUGCAUACAUUCUGGUACCUAA